UUUCACUCUUUCACGUCAGAUAUUCAGGGCAGUGGUCAUAUCAAUCCGACCCAAGCUGAAGUGAAUUUCUUUUCUAUUGCGCAUUCUUGGUACAUUGUGCCCGUUGUCAUUCGUUCCAGCAUUCGCGCUUAAGGAAUAGCGAUCCAAGUCCAAGCUCGCGGCGAUCAAAACACACUGCAUUCACACAUCUUUCAUUACUCUUUCUACCAGAGAUUUCUUCUACCUUGGCCAUAUUAGCAAGUAUCCGAAAUGGCCUAUACGGAUGAUGCUGUGAAAGCGAAGCUUUCAGCCCUCAACGAAACCCAGGAAGGCAUUGUCACAGUUGCGCAAUGGGUCAUGUUUCACAGACGACACGCCGAACGAACCGCACAGCUCUGGCUGCAGAAACUCCGCGAUUCCCCAGCACCGAAGCGUCUGAACCUGAUAUAUUUGGCCAAUGAGGUCGCGCAACAGUCUAGAGCUCGACGGAAGGAGGACUUCCUCAUCGCAUUCUCGCCGAUUAUCGCAGAGGCCACGGCUAUCGCAUACAAAGGUUCCUCAAACGAUAUUCAGCAAAAGAUUCGUCGCGUGGUUGAAGUAUGGAGACAGAGAUCAAUCUUUGAACUCCCCAUUCAGGAGGCCGUAGAAGCUCGAGUAGAUGAGAUCGAUAAGUCCCGCUCUACCGGUAAAAAGCCGUUGCUAGGAGGGUCCCUCUUCUCGAGCUCGUCGGGCUCAACACCGUCUGAACUUCAGCCUCUAGUGCCUCUACAAGUAGCCGUUUCAAAGGCUACAGUGGCUUCAACUGCAUCUGCUACAGCUGCGAAUGCAGAGUAUGACAAGAUGCAUGACCCUAACACGCCUCUGCCUACCCCUCCAGUGCAUGCGGCGCGGCUUAGCCAGCUGCUGAAAGCCCUUGCGAAUGCAGAAAGCUCUGUAUCCGAGGUCAUCAAAUCACGCACCGCUCUCAUCGAGGGUCUCGAGAAGCUCCUCGCAACCAAUCGCUCAGCUUUAUCCAAGGAACAAUCAAUGGUCGCACAGUUGACGGAAAGAAAGUCGGAGACGGAAGCCACCAAACGAGAGGUUGAAGAUGGGAUUAUGCGCGGGCUCUCUGCCGAGAAUUCGCCUGCGAUCAACCAUGGCGAUGCUGGGCCAGAGGGAGAGCCUAUUUCUCGUCCAGAGGUUGAGGCCCUGACUCCUCCACCAGUUGAGGCCAUUACACCUGUUGGUUCUCCCAAGCAGGCCGCACAGGACUCAGACUUCAGCGCAGUACCUCCUCAACCCCAGAUACUGGGUGGAUUUACCCUGCCUGGGUUCGGAAAUCCAGCCGAUUCUUCACUUUCGGCGGCGGGCUUCCCUCCUGCGGGACUCGGCGAGCACCAAACAGACGGUUCGAACGGGCUCCAUGCCAAGAGACGCAAGGUUACGCAUGAAGAGGAGGAUUACGCUCAAUUCGCAGGCGGCGACUUGGAUGCUGAUGUAGCUGAGCUCUUGAAACAGGAAGGUGAUGCCCAGCAAUAGGCCAUUUUAAGUUCACCCACUAUGCGGUCGGUGGCAGGCGCAAGCUCGCUUAUCUUUUAACCCGACAGACUUUAUUUUUUACUUUCAACAUUAUUUAUUCUGUCGUCUUAAGUGCUGUUUACUGAGAAUGUAGUUAUCCAUUUUCUGUUGCGAGGCACGCCCAUUCUUGCCUAUUAUGAUAAUAUCUGGAUAUCCACUGUUUAUGCGAUUAGCAAUACGUCCGAGAUUCAUGCCCGCCGGACGAAUUGGUUUCUCUCGAAGGGAAACAAUACGUCACUGGAAUACGUUUGAAUUAGUUUCAUUACUAUUAUCAUGGAACGCUGAAAUGCGAACUAUCGAAAUAUAUCCGGAUCACCCCAUUUGUUUCUCGCAAUCCGUAACGAAGAGGGACUCCUCUUGCGGCGGUAUAUGGUAUGGAAGGCACGAGGAGUCACUGCGGGCGGC